UUCAUUUGAUGACCUUACCUACACAUUAAGGCAAACUUUUAGCUGUUUUUAUUCUAAAAUGUUUAAAAUCAGGUUAUCACAUUUAGGGCAUUAUGUACUAUUGACCCCUUUGAUGGUUUUGCUAUUGACAUCAGUCAUUGGCAGUAAAUUGAAACAGGAGCCUACAAAUACUAUAUCUCCUUCUAAGGAAAAUGUAAUAUUUGCGGGAUGCAAUUUUACACAUGAGAGUGAGCGUGGAAUGCCACCCUUCGACGCUUUUGAUCGAGAAUCAAACACAUGUGACGUGCCGGUGAAGAAAACUCCACAGCGGUUUUAUUACAUUUGUCCUGGCAUUUCGACACCUUGGACAUGCCCUGUAGAGGUAUUGCAUCAAGGUCAGGAGGUAGCUAUGGAUACAUUGGUUGAGCAGCUUGCAAUUCGCAAAAUUCCUCAUAGUACUCAACAGGGAGUUGAGGUAUACACUGGUAUUUUAAGUUACUACAAUGAGGUUUUUACUGCUAUUUGCACGUGCGAGCUUCCCGAUGGUCAACUGUUCAUAAUGAAGUUUCAGACUACUGGCUUCUUAUCGUUGAAGUUAAUAGUUCCCAUUACGAUACCCAUAUUAUUUAUAUUGGAUUACCUUUGUCCUUGGUGAUAUGGGAUUGAUGUAAUAAUUUAAACACACUACGUUUAAUGGCGUCAUUCUGCAACAG